AACAAAUAUAAGAUUUUGGAAAUUAGUAGCAAAUUUAAUUAAUAAUUAUUUUUGCCUAAAUGAACCAAACUAUAAAACCUCCACAUACACCAGUCAUCAAAUUUACAGAGACAACAAACUAAAGUUGGUGGUGAUAGAGUGAGAGAGAAACAUGGAAGGCAAAGAAGAAGACGUCAAUGUUGGAGCCAACAAGUUCCCAGAGAGACAGCCGAUCGGUACGGCGGCUCAGACGGAGAGCAAGGACUAUAAGGAACCACCACCGGCGCCGUUUUUCGAACCCGGCGAGCUCAAAUCUUGGUCUUUCUACAGAGCAGGGAUAGCUGAGUUCAUAGCCACUUUCCUUUUCCUCUACGUCACCGUUUUGACAGUCAUGGGUGUUAAGAGAGCUCCCAAUAUGUGUGCCUCUGUUGGAAUCCAAGGCAUCGCUUGGGCUUUUGGUGGCAUGAUCUUUGCUCUUGUUUACUGUACUGCUGGAAUCUCAGGAGGACAUAUUAAUCCGGCGGUGACUUUUGGUUUGUUCUUGGCGAGGAAGCUAUCUUUAACCAGAGCUCUGUUCUACAUAGUAAUGCAGUGCCUUGGAGCUAUAUGUGGUGCUGGUGUGGUUAAAGGGUUUCAACCAGGGCUGUACCAGACGAAUGGCGGUGGAGCUAAUGUGGUGGCUCAUGGUUACACAAAGGGUUCAGGUCUUGGUGCAGAGAUUGUUGGAACUUUUGUUCUGGUUUACACUGUUUUCUCAGCUACUGAUGCUAAGAGAAGUGCCAGAGACUCUCAUGUCCCUAUCUUGGCUCCGCUUCCAAUUGGGUUUGCUGUCUUCUUGGUGCACUUGGCUACCAUCCCAAUUACUGGAACUGGCAUUAACCCGGCCAGGAGUCUCGGAGCUGCCAUCAUCUACAACAAGGAUCAUGCUUGGGAUGACCAUUGGAUCUUCUGGGUCGGUCCAUUCAUUGGUGCUGCGCUUGCUGCUCUGUACCAUCAGAUAGUCAUCAGAGCUAUUCCUUUCAAGUCCAAGACAUAAAGUUUCCUACAUAUUCUCUGAUCAUCAUCAAGCUAAGAAUAUAUCAAUCUUUAAUUCUAUAUGCUUUCUUCUUGUUUCCUAUGUCAUGUGUGAUGAUCUCUAUAUGUACCACUAGAGCUUUGAUCUUGUAACAGUGUAAAUGUGUAAUCUAUUAUGUAUCAAUGGCAUUGUAUCUUGUAACAUUAAUUAUGUCAAUGGAAGAAUACAUUGUGUACAUGUGUAAGCUCAGAAUCUUGUUUGAAUAUCACAGAGACAUAACUGAACUGGACAUAGGUAUGCUAAGUUGCUAACAUUGUCAAUAAGUGUUUCCAAU